UUAACAAGGUACAGCUGAUGAGAACUGUUAACUACAAUUUCCAUCCCCUACAAUCUAUUAACUGUUCGUCCUAGGAACAGGUUAGGACAUCCAAGAUGUGGGGGAGAAUCUCCUCCAUGGCACAAGCCAUGCAGGAGAAGCUGGAGGAGUCUCUGGGCGAAGAUCCAGCCGAGGACCUGGAGGCAUCAGCAGAAACUUCGCCGGCUCAACAUAGAAAGGAUGAAGACGUUAUCUCAGAGCUUAGGAGAGCAUUGGGUGAAUCGGAGAAGAGGAACGAAGAGAUAAAUCGUGAAUUCCAGAAGUUGUUACGACUAAAGGAGGAGGAACUUGUCCAAUUGAGAGAAAAUGUAAGAGCAGGACCAUCCUUAGAUGUUGGUGAACUUUUCACGGAGAUACAAGAUCCAGAGAAUCCAACCAAAAUGGGUAGCAUCCAACAAAUCAAAGAUUUGCUGUCCAAAAAAGACAACACCAUACAGUCCUUACAGAAUCAAUUGGAGGAAAGUGAGAACAUGGUCAGACAACUGGAACAGCAGGGACGAGACAAUGAAGAGAAAGUAAUGAGUGAGUUGGCUGUCAAGAUCAGAGCAGCUGAAGGUUUCCAACUAAAACUUGAGGAAUGUAAACAACUGUUAGAGGAUCGGAACAAGACAAUUGAAGGUCUCAUGGACCGACUUGAUGCACAGAAACGGCUGAUAGAUAGCCGAGAUCAGGUUAUUGAUCAGUUGAAAGCCAUGAAGAACCUGGACAGUGGUGCUGAUGAGCUUGUUUCCACAUUACGAGAGCAGCUUGAAGCAAUGAGCAGUAAGCUUGAGCAAUCUGUGGAUGAGACUGAGAAAGCUAAGAAUGAAGUACGUGUGCUCAAGAAGGAAUUGGAGGAGAAGAGUGAACUGAUUGCUUCAGCAGAAAAGAUAGAGCAAGAGAAGGCAGCUUUAUUACAACACAUUCAAGAAAUAGAAGAAGAGCACAAGCAGGCUGUUGUUAAUCUGCAGCACUAUGUUCAAGAAAAGGAAAAGGCUCUUGCAGCUGAGUUUGAAGAAGCUGAGCAAGUAUACAAGACAACUGAACAUGACCUUCGUGAACAACUGGAGGAGAAGACACGCAUCAUAGAGUCCAAAGAUGAAGCUGUUCAAGUUCUUAAAAGAGCCAUGCAAGAAAAAAACUUGAGUAGUGAGGGGCCUUUGCCACCCCCUCAUACUGAUAAAAUAGUGGCUUUACUAGAAGAAAAGGUUAAAGAACGUGAAGAGACCAUCAACAGCAAAUCUGAGAGGAUUCAUGAACUGGAAAAGGAUGUAGUUGACCAACGAAAUAGCAUUGAUUCACUUAAAAAGUUAGUUGAUGAUAAAACAUUUGAGGUAAAAGUUUUGCAAGAAGCAGUUCAUGCUAAGGAUCAAGAGAUUGAAGACAUUAAAGAAAAGCAUGAAACUGAGUUAAGUGAAAAAGCAUUGAAGCUUGCAUCACAGGCUAAAGAAAACCAAGACUUGGAGAAAACAAUUGCAUCCUUAAAGGAAAGUUUAGCUGGUCUAGAGUCCAAAGAAAAUGUCACUGAAAGACUUUUGCUUCUUGAUGCAGAGAAGGAACAACAAUUUAGAAAUGAAAUGGAAGCUUUUAGAGAUAGUGAAAAGGUCCUUGAUGCAAAGCUGCAGGCAGCUCUUGAACAGAACAGAAACAUUUCUGAAGAACUUGCUUCAGCAAAGACCAAGAUUGAGGCUAAGGAGAAGGAGUUGCAUGAUUUAAGUACAAGGAUGGGCAAGUUGAAGCUUCAAGCAAAAGCCAAGCUGACAAGUGUUCAGAAUGAAAAGGAGAAACUUUCCAAGGAUAAGCAAGAGGUUGAACUGCAUCUGUUGCGUGAGAGAGAAGAAAAGUUAGCCAUACAGAUGAAAAUAACACAGAUUGAAGAAGAGCGAGAGGCUGCUGAUUCCAAACGAGUAGAGUUAGAGCAAGCACUGGAAGAGUUUGUCAGGACAACAGAUAAGAAAGGAAAACUGACUGCUUUAGAGAAGAAAUCUUCUCCAGAUGUUGAGGAAGAUGAUGUCCCUGAGGAAGAAUUAGAGGGUAGUGGUACAGUGUCUACUAUCAUUGGCUCAAACACAGAAGAGUCAGGUUCCAUUAAUGUUAUGAAAAUACUGGAAGAGGAAAGAUACUGUAUGGAAAGAAGACUUGACCUCAUCACCAAGGAACGUGAUUCCUUGCAAAGCAAAGUGGAAGAACUGGAGGAAAUGCUGGAAGCAGAGAAAGAACGCCAACAGAAAAAGACUGAGGAAAUCAGUUCAGAUGAGGAUGCUGAACUUGCUAAGCACAUGGCAGAGGAGUCUCUGAUGAUGCACAUUGAAGCUCUUCAGGAAGAAAAUGAAACACUUAGGUCUACCUUGGAACGGGAGCAAUCUGCAGUAGUGAACCUGACAGAACAAUUGAAGCAAGCUCCAAUUGAGCAAAAGCUGUUUGACAAAGAUGAACACAUAUCGUACCUGGAGUCUAAAGUGGCUCAGCAACAACAGAAUCUUCAUCUGUUUAAAACAAUGCUCCAAGAAAAAGAAGUAUACCUUAUGGAUGUUAAAGAUGAGAACGAGUUGCAAGCAGAAGUCGAUUCGUUGAGAGAGUUUUUAGCGAAGGAGAAGGAAAAAACAACAGGACUUGCAAGCCAACUUGAACAGCAUCAGGAACAGUGCACUAAACAAUCCCAACAGAUGGAAAACCUCAAACUGGAAAUUCAGGAAAAGCAAGACGCUAUAAAAUCGCUUGAGCUCCAACUCCAAACUGGUCAAGAGUAUCAGAGGAAAGCUUUGGAAGACAAAGAUAAAGACAUUCAAAAUCUUCAGGUAGCAUUGAUGGAAAAUAGCUCAGGUUUUGAGUUGCUGAACGCAAGCUUUAGUGAAACAAGCUCUCAGGUAGAGCAACUUCAGGAAGAGCUGGCCAUAAAAGAUGCUGAGCUUGCCAGGCUGAAGAAGGAAUUAGGUGAUCAAGAGCUGAGCCUUGAUCAGCUUAGGGAAAGUUACACAGAUGUCUGUACAACGCUCAACGAAUUGCAAGGGUUGUUAGCGAACAAGGAGGCGGAAGCAACAAAGCUGCAAGAAAGCAAAGACCACCAAAUGGCUGAACUGGAGUCAAUGCAGUCCAAGCAAGGCGAGCAGAUUGGAGAAAUCCAAACUCUUCAAGAAACUAUUGCUAGAAAGGAAGAUGAACUUGCUCAGCUCAGAACGACAUUUGAAGAGAAAGACAGCAGUUUUGAAGUUUUAAGUGCCAGUUUUAUGGAAACCAGCUCCCAAGUGAAAGGGCUUGAGGAAAGCCUUCAGGUAAAGGAUACUGAACUAGGUGUUUUGCAACAAACACUACAGGAGCGCAUUCUUGCUUUUAACAAGCUUACUGACGAUCUUUCAAACACUACUUCGCAACUUAAAAACAUAAAAGAGAUGCUCGACGUCAAAGAAAACGAGAUCGGCAAUCUUAAUUCCAAAUUAAAAGAACAAGAAAUGGCAUACGCGGAACUGAGCACAAAAUGCGAAGAAUCAGCUUUGAAGGUAAGAGAACUUGAAGAGAACUGCGUUGCAAAGGAUAUGGAAUUGAAAACACUGCAAACUGCAUCGGAAGCACAACAUUUGCUAAAUGAGCAAUUGAACCAAAGCUCCGCGGAAUGUGACGGACAGAUAAAGCAGCUACAAAGUUACUUGAGGGAAAAAAAUCAAGAGGUCAAAUCACUUCAGGAAAAUUUGGGUGAAAAACACACAAGACUUGAGCAAAUAGAAGAACUUUUGAUUACAAAAGAGAAAGGUGUAGCAAAACUUGAAAGCGAACUGGAAGAGCAGAACAGUAAUAAUCAACAGCUGAGUUAUAGCUUACAAAUUGCAGAAAGCCAGGUGAGGGAUCUUGAAGAAGCAGUAACCAAAAAAGAUGAGAAUAUAGGUUCACUUAAAAAAGAUCUUGAAACUCUAGGCUUGGAGUAUGAAGAACUAAAUUCAAGCUUCACCGAUGCUAGCUCCCAGAUGAAAGAGCUACAUGAUCUACUCGCAGCAAAGGAGACAGAGCUUAAUGUUCUAAAAGCAAGUAUAGAAGACCAAGGAUCAAAUUUUAAUGAACUGACAUCUCGUUUGACGGAACAAAGCGCUCAGUUACAGGAAUUCACUAAUUCUUUAUCUGCUAAAGAAGAUGAAAUCAAGACGCUUCGAGCCAGCUAUGAAGAGGAAAAAGCGCGAUUUAGCGAGCUUGAAUCUCGAUACAUAAAUGACAUGGGUGGACUGGAGGAGACAAUCGUACUUAGAGAGAACGAGAAUGCGGCUCUGAGAGCUGAACGCCAAGAGAAUAUAUCAAGUCUUAGUGAGCUAAACAGAAGUUAUGACGAGGCUACUUCAAAAAUCAAAGAGCUUUACGAAAUUAUUAAAGAUAAGGAUGACGAGUUAAGAACCCUUGGUGCUAAAUUUGAAGAGCAGAAAUCCAAUUAUAAUCAGCUUAAUACAACAGUUGAGGAAUCAAGUUUGAAGGUGAUCGAACUUCAGCAAUCCCUUCAGGCUAAAAGUAAAGAGGUAGAUGUGUUACAGUCAAGCUCAGACGAAAAAGCGUCCACUCUUGAGCAAUUGAAUGUGAACUUUGAUAAAUUGGUGGCUCAAGAAAGAGAAUUACAGGAUUUGCUCGAGAGUAAGGAGGCUGAAAUGAAAGAAUUGAAAACUAUGGUAGACAAGCAAGCUUCUUAUUUAGAACAGUCACAGAAGAACGAUGCUGAAAAUUCGUCUCAAGUGAAUCAGUUGAUGGAAGAACUUAAGGUUAAAGAUGCAGAACUUAGCCAGAUGCAGACUAGUUUUGUCGACCAAAAUGCCAGCAUUGGGGAACUAGAGGACCGUUGGACUGAAACGAAUUCUUUGGUAAAUGAUUUGCGGCAGAGAAUUGCCGAAAAAGAGGAUGAAGUGAACUCGUUGAAAUCAAGUUUAGAUAAUCAGAGCAUUGAAUUUGGAGCUAAAUAUGACGGGAUGCAUGCCGGAAUGAAUGAUUUACGCGAGUGUCUUGCUAGUAAAGAAGAGGAGCUCUUUGUGUUGCAGACUACUUUACAGGAGAAGAACACAAGUGUUGAAAACCUGGACGCUAGCUUGAGCGAGACGAAUGUGCAACUUGAGGAUCUGAGGAGUCAGCUGACAGCCAGAGAUAGCAAGUUUACUGCUUUGAAGAAGAAGGCGCAGGCUUUGAAGAAAUCUUAUGAAACAGUAUCUGCUGAGAACGAUAGUCACAAAGAGGAAUUGGAAGAGCUGAGGAAGGAGAAGGGGAUUUUCUUGGAAGAAAAAGGAGCCAUGGAAACUUGUUUAGCGCAGCUGAUUGAACACAAGAAUCAACUUCACGCUAAAAACGCAGAGGUACAGGAAUUGGAAACUAAGAUUGGGAAAGUGGAAGAGGCUCUUCAGUUGGCUAGUAGUGAAAAUGAAAACUUGGCAUCAAAAAUCACUGAGCUUCGAGAAGCAUUAGAUUCUCUAGAACAGGAAAAGAAGCAGCUGAUAACUGAACGUGAAGAAUUUGUCUCUCGCCUAAAUGAAGUAGAAUCAGAAAAGGUAUCGAUGGAGACCUCUCUUCAUGAUGGUAGAGAAGAGAUGUCUUUAGUUCAGUCAGAAAAUGAAAGCUUCAAGACUAAUUUGGAUGAGAUGAAGAAGCAACUUGAUUAUAAAGUGAAAGAAGUCAGCGAUCUUAGAGAGGUCAUAGAUCAUUUAAAAACCGUUGUGGAGGAAAUUAAUAAAUCUUCUCAAGAAGAUCUAAAACAUUUGGAGUUAAGAAAGAACGAAGAAUUACACGAGAAGCUCUCAGCCAAAGACAGAGAACUGUUUGAAUUAUCUGAAGAUCUGUCUCUUACCAAGAAAACGGUUGGAGAAUAUCAAGCUAAAUUGCUGGGAAAUGAAGAUGCUUUACAAAAACGAUGGAAUGCUUUUGAGGAGGAAAAAGAAAGCUUAGAAGGGAAGCUUGGAGAUAUUUCAGCUGAAAAGAAUUCUUUGCAGCAAAAGCUCUCUGAGAUGACAGAGAGUCAUAAUGCUUUGUUGUCAGAGUUUGAUUCUGUCAAAGCUGAAGUUGGAAGAGCCAGAAGUGACAUAGACGUGAAAGAUAACCAGAUAAACGCCUUGCAGAUUGAAUUAAAUGGAAUGCAAAAAAUUGUUAAAGAAGAGCUUGUUACAUCACAGAAAGCAGAGUCGUUAAAAAACGAAUUAUUUGCUAAGGAAACAGAGUUUUUGGACCUGCAAGAAAAAUUGAAACAUUUUCAGGAGUCAUUACCUCUGAAAGAACAGGAGGCCGAUGAACUAAGGGAAAGAUUACAAUCAAGCGAAGACGCUGUGUUAAAUACGAACAGUAGACUGCAUGAUAUGUGUGUACAGGAAAGCAAACUAAAAGAAUCUCUAGAACAAGCCGAGCUAAAAAUUGCCCACUUGCAGGAAGAUCUUAGCGACGUUGCUUCAGAGUUAAGGCAAGUGUCUCACGUAAAGACAGCUUUGGAGUCAGAGUUGUUCGACGUUAAGGACAGAUUGGGUGCUGCUGAGCUGGAAUUGAAUUCCUUACGGGUUACCUCAGACAACACCUCCAGAGAACUUGCCCAGAAAGAAGAACGUGUAAUUAACCUCGAGCGAGAUAUUUCUGAGGCAAAAUCAAUGCUCGAGAAUGAGCGUCAAGGAAAAGAAGACACAGAGGUGUUGAUGGAAAGGGAACAUGACGAGUUGGAAGAUACUAUUAACGAAUUGAGCGGGAUGAAAAAGCUAUGUCAAGAUCAAGAAAAAGCAUUGAUUGAAUUAAACAAGGAACGUAGUGAGAAUUUGGAGGAACUUAAAACAGCUAAAUCACGCGCUGAGGAGCUGGUUUCUACGCUUGAAGAAAUGAAGUCCUCUCUCAAUGCUCUUUAUAGAGAGAGGGAUAUUGUAAUGACAGAGUUGGAAGAGACCAACGGUAAACUAAGCGAAGUGUUGGCUGUUAAGGCUUCGUUAGAGUCAGAUCUUCAUGACGUAAAUGAGAAGUUGGAAGCAGUAACAGCUGAGCAACAGCGCUAUGCUACAGAACUAGGGAGCACAAAGCAGGAGCUUCUUGAUCGUAAAGAGGAACUCAAAGAGCUGCGGAGCGUCAGGGAACCUCAGGUAGAGCAAGUAACUCCAGUGGAUGUAGGUCUUCUGAAUGCAGCACCCGAAAGAGAAUUCUUGCUGGGAUCACCAUCCGAUGAAGUUGCAAAAGCCUUGUCGCGAGAAAGACAACUUAUCAAUCAAAUUGAACAGCUCGAAAAGGAAAAAUGUAACCUGGAGGCUGAACUGACGGACAUUGUGUCAGAGGUGAAAGAGGUCACAGAUGCAAGGGGCGCUAUCGAGGCGGAACUUAACAAUACAAAGGCAGCCAUGAAUGAGUUGACGGUGCAGCAUGAGUGGGUAACAGCAGAACUGCAAAACUUUAAGGAAGAGUUUGAGGAACAAGAAAAUGAAUUGCACAGGUUGAGGCGAGAUUUAGUCGAUGCGAACAAAGUUAAAGAGGAACUUCAAGGGGAUAACGUGAAUGAGAACGAAGACAAACUGCGUCAAGCUGAAGAGGAACUUGCACAGAUGAAGAUCAACUUCGAAGAAACUGUCAGCAAGAGAGUUGAGGAAAUUUCUGAAGCAAAAGAACUUGAAAAGUCUCAAAUUGAGGAGCAACUUGCAAAGAAAUUGGAAGACGUCAAAAGUCACAAGGAUGAAGUGAUUGCCAAGUUGAAAGACAAAAUACGCGAGAAAAUUGACCUUAACAAGAAAAUAACAGCUGAGUUCAGGCUCAAGUCAGCCAAUGCCCAGAAAGAGAAGGAAGAAGCUUUGCAGGAAGUUCAAUCUCAACUAGAACUUCAGACACAAACAACAGAACAACUUUCGGCUGCCUUGGAUCAGCAAAUAGAAAAUUACAAAACUAAAGAUGAGGAAGUGGAGAUGCUUAAAAACAAACUCGUUGAAAUGGAGAAUGAAAGCGGACAGAAAGACCUGAACUGGCAGGAAACACUCUUGGAGCUGCAGAAUCUCAAACUUGAGAUAGAGAAGCGUGAUCAAGAAAAAAUUGAAUUAGAUUCUCGUCUUCAGGCCAGUGUAGGUCAGGAUGAAUUUGAGAAGUCAAUUACAGACAGGAAUAAACUUAUUGCCAACCUGAAAAAAAGGUUGAAGGAAGAACGAACAGCAAAGAAAGAAGAAAUGACUAAAUGGCAGCAUGCUAUUACAGAGAAGGACGCCGAAAUUCAGCAACUAGAGUCUUCUCACGCCAAAGCACUUAAGGAUGUGAACAAGAGGCUUGAUGCCGCCCAAGAGCAUAGUAGAAACUUGGAGGAGAGACGAGAAGCGCUGGAAAAUGAAUUGCACAGCACUGAGGAUGAGAUGAAUAAUCUCAAAAAGCAAUCAGAAAACACGAAGAACGAAAUGGAAAAGAAGCAGGAGCAGCUUCAGAAAGAGCUUGAUGAACGAGACGCAGACUUCACCUCGAGUAUGGAUGCACUCAAUUCUCAAAGAGAUGAGGCUGAGAAACUCAUCGAACAACUUAGAACAGAGGCUAAAGCUCGUGCAGAGGAAAUGGCGAUGUUGAAAGAGGAAGAGGCUAAUCAGCAGCGGGAGAAACAGCUCCUUCUGGACGAAGUUCAACAACUUAGCGAGGCUGUUGAACAUCUUAAAGAUAAGGACAUGAAUAUUGCCAAACUGGAACAGGAGCUAGAGGCUGUGGAAGACAUGAAGGUGAAACUCGAACAUCAGCUCAAAGCUGCUGGAGACGAGCUUGUGAAGUUGAAAGAAGUGAACGAACAGCUGCAAAGAGAAGUCGAAACUACCAAAGUCGCGAUAGCCGAAGCUCCAACUACAGCUGAAGCCUCGAGCACGUUGUUAGGAGCUGUUGGCACUUCCUUCGAUGAACCUGUUCUCACUGUUGGAGAUGUCGUACCGCCAGAGGAAGUGGAAUCAACUCGUGUAGAGAUUCAAGAGUCCAUUCCGUUGGAGCACUAUCCGGUUCAGACUUCUGCCAGCAAAGGAGAACUUGAAGAAGUUACAAGUCAGCUCUCGGAUAUCCAAGCGGAACUUUCCAAAGUAAAGGCCAUGAAUGAGAAACUUAAAGCAAAACUACGAGUGUACGUGAAAAGGGAGAAGGUGAAGUCCGAAUCGCUCAGCGAAUCAGAUUCAAAUGAGCUUAGAGAAGAAAUUGAAAAAGUUCGCCAAGAGAAACUGAACUUAGAAAAAACGGCUUACGAAGUACGAGAAGAAAUAGACGUAAUCAUGCGCCACAAAGAUACUGUCAUUGGAGAUUUAAAAGCAAAGGUUCAGAAGCUUUUAGAUGAGCAAAGGCGACAGGAAAACCUUACGGAGAAACUGGAGAAACUCGUAGCACAACGAGAUGAUGAGAUACAGGAGCUGAAAAAUCGUUAUCAAACCCUCUGCGGAGAGAGAGAUACCAAUAUACUAACUCUUGAGAAAUCCCUCGAGCAAGAAAAGCUUACGUAUGUGCGGGAACUUGAGCACUGUAAAGACGAAUAUGAACGAGUUCUUAGUAAAAAAGAUGCUGAAGUGGAAAUUCUGCAACGAGACAUCACCAAUGCCAGGGAGGAAAUAGAGCUGCUUACGGGCCAGCUUAACGAAGCAAAUCAGUCUUUGGAAGAACUGACUAAGCUCAAAGUCGACUUUGAUCACAUUGUGUCUGGCCUUCGUGAAGAUCUUCAACAGGCAUUAGAUGAAAAAGCAGCCGCUGAUCAAAUUGCGCACGAGUUCCAAGUCCAGCUUAGAAGAAGCGAAUCCUCAACAGAACAGAGUGGUGUUGGGGUGAGGGAUGCUGCCAUUGAAACCCCAGGGGCGGAGAGGUCAUACGAAGAUAUCCAGCUCAAAGCUGCUCAAGAAGAACUAUUCAAGUUAAAGGAAGCUCUGGAGUUAUUGAAUAAAGAAAAAGAGGAACUUUAUAAGAGUUUAGAUGCUGGCAAACAAGGUAACGAUGAGACAAAAACUAAUGAACUUGAGGUGGAUACCAAGGACGGAGUGGAAGAGAUGGAAGGAGAGUUGUCCGGCCUGUCAAAUGACGUUGUUUGGUUGCAAAAUGAAUUGAAAAAAGCUUCUGUGCUCAAUAAAAGCUUAGAUGACAAACUGAAGGCGUUGUCAAAAAGGAAAAGAACCAGAUCAGAUCCAAGAGAAGAAGACAGUGAAGUGAGAGCCGAACUUGAAAGGACUCGAGCCGCUAAACUCGAGAGCGAAAGAAAGGAGCAAGAGCUUCGAGAGGAGCUUGAUGACUUUGUCAAAGAGAAAGAUACCAUUGUUGCUUCUCUCAGAUCAAAAUUGGAGGUUGCUUUGCAGGAAAACGAAGCAGCUAUCAAUGAAAUCCGAGACUAUGAAAAACGGUUGUUAGAAAAAGAUUCCAGAGUCCGCGAUUUGACCGAACAAAUUAAACCUUUGCUUCUAGACAACGAGGAACUGAAUAAAACGAUGGAGGAGCUUACUAGAUUAAAUUCCGAACUACGGUCUUCAGCAGACUUUGCAGCAGACGCAAAGCUGGAGUUGGAGAGUAAGCAAUUGCUUCUUACCGAAAGAAACCAAAGAAUCUCAGAACUUGAGACUCAUUUGGAACGCACUGAGCAAGAGCAUCAAGAAUUUAUUGAAGAAAUUAAGAGGCAACACGAAGAUCUCUUGUCUGAGAAAGAAAGACAAUCGGAACAAUUAAUCACGGAACUAAGAGAGAAAAACAAUGAACUGGAGGAAAAUAUUCACAUGGUCACAGAACAAAAAGAUGAUAUCGAAAAAGAAUUGUUGAACACUAAAUCUGAGUUAGAGCAGGUUGUUCAAGACUCUUUUCCCGUUAUUGAAGAGAAAGAUCGUCAGAUUAACGAGCUCCAAGUUAUAAUGGAUGAAAAGCAGAAAAAAACUGACGAAAGUAUUUUCCAGUUGCAAGCUAAUGAGAAGGCGUUGCAAGAACGAAUUCAAGUGCUUGAUGCCCGUAACAACGAAAUCAAAGAUAAUCUGCGACAAGUUCAGUCGGAGCUUGAGAAACGACUGCAGGAGGGGGAAGGACUAGAAGAGGAACUUAUGCAGGCACACUCCCAGAUUGACCAACUAAAUGCUAAACUGUCUGUUGCUGACCAAGAAAAACAGGAUAUAAACAGGCUGCAAAGCAACUUCGACCACAUAAUUUCAGGACUUCGUGAGGAUCUUCAGCAUGCUCUUGAUGGGAGAGCAGCAGCAGAUGAAAUAGCUCACGAGUUCCAGGUUCAGUUAGAAAAUUUGAAGAAGUCGUCGCCGGUAGUUUCUGCUGAUAGUAACCUUCUGACGCAGGAAAACAACAAAAAUGCCGAGAUGCUUGAGGCAACACGGCGUGAGGUUUCCGACUUAAGAGCUACUCUCGACAUAACGAGCAAAGAAAGAGAUGACUUGCAAGAUAAGAUCAGAGAGUUCUCCAUCCAAGAGACAAAUAUCAAAGAACCUCUUUCGAGCAGUGAAGUAAACUGGAAGCUUUCUGAAAAGGAAGGCCGCGAAAAGGCAGUGGAAGAAGUCAUUUUGCAGUCUUCGGUUGAUAACCAAGUCACCACCACUUCAAAUAGUGAGAUCGAAAUAGAACUGGAAAACCUGAGGAAUGAAAUGAAGAGGAUCAAAGGAGUUAACGACAAGUUGAAGGCGAAGCUUAGAACCCUGCUGAAAAAGGAAAAAGCAAAGACCGAUUCUAGAGAUGAAGAAACCAGUUCGCGUGAUGAUUUACAAGCCGAGCUUGAACAGGUCCGUCAAGAGAAGCUUGAAAGCGAAAAGGCAUGUCAAGAACUACGAAUUGAAUUGGAUUCAUUUGUAAGACAAAAGGAGAGCAUCGUCAACGAGUUGAAAAAUAAGAUCGAACAGCUGGUAGUGGACAGAGGGAAGAGCAAUGGUUUGAUUGAACAGUAUGAGAAUAGAAUUGUGGCGAAAGAUGGCGACCUGCAAGAGAUGAGAGAUAACAUUGGACACCUUCAAAGUCAUAACGACGAAGCUUGGAGGAUAGUUCAGCAACUGAAGGAAGAAAAUGACAACUUGUACGUUCAACAACAAGAUGUAAUCUCACAGAAAACUGAGAUCGAAGAUGAUUGCAAUGAUUUGAAGCGGGAGCUCGAACGAGUGGCUGAAAACCUGACAAGGAAGGAAAGUGUGAUUACAACGCUUGAGAAUCGCCUUCAGGACACAACAGAAAAUUACAAAACAGAACUAGAGGCUACAAGGGUCCAGCAUGACGGAGUAAUUUUUGAAAUACAGAGUCAUGCUGAUAGACUAGAACGAGAACUUUUGUCCGCCAACAAAGAGCUGGAGCAAUUAAAAGGCGAGGUAGGAGAAUUAAAGAGAGAAAGAGAAGAUAUAGCUAUACUCAAAGCUAACUUUGAUCAUAUAGUGUCAGGGCUUCACGAGGAUCUCCAACGUGCUCUGGAUGAAAAAGGGGCAGCUGAUCAAAUAGCGCAUGAAUUUCAGGUUCAACUGAAACGACUGCAAAAAGAAUUAGAAAAGUCUGAAACGAGCCAUAGAGAUGUGGCUGUGGAGGCAAUAGACACAGAGGCAAUAAACGUGCACGAAAGGCUGGAGAAUGCUCAGUCAGAGGUCUUCAACCUCAGGGACGUUUUGCAGUCUGUUAACAGUGAAAAGUUGGAUUUAGAAGAUAGAUUAAGACGUCUUGAGGCCACGCUACAAGUAAGGGAAACACCAAAAGAUGAAAUAGAAAGAGGGGAAAAGGACGGUGAUCAGGAAGAGAUUGUUUCCAGGGUUGUUAUCCAGACUCUAGAGAACGAGCCAAUUCAGACCGCAGUGUGUGAGACAGAACCCUUGUUAACCUCACCCCCUUCGCAGACUGUCGCCUCUGACCCUAACGAUGUUCAAAAAGUUAAGGAUGAGUUAUCUAAGGCAAAUUCUGAACUGGAGAAGGUCAAGUCGGUCAACGAACGUUUGAAGACUAAGGUUAGAGCGAUGACAAGAAAAAACAAAGAGAAAGAAAGCAAACUAGAAACGGGUGAUGCGAGAAGCAGCGAAGAACUCAUAGCCGAGCUGAGCAAAGUACGUCAAGAAAAAUUAGAGUGUGAAAGGGCAGCUCAGGAAUUAAGAAUCGAGUUGGACACUUUUGUUAGAGAAAAGGAAGGAAUUGUUAAAGAGCUCAAAGCGAGAGUACAAAAGUUACUAUCAGAGAAGGAAGAGACCAGUAGCCUGGUGGAGUAUUAUGAAAAACAAAUAUUGGAGAGAGAUGCUGAGAUUUCUACUCUCGGGGAGCAGUUUCAGUCUUUAGAGGAGGAAAGACAGGAAAUCGACCAAAAAUUUUCCGAAAACAGAGCAGAAAAUCAGAAUGUAAAAGCAGUUUUAGAGCAAGUUCAAUUGCAAAAGGUAAAAGCCGAAAAAGAACUGCAACAGGCUAAGCUGCAACUGGAACAUCUUCUUCAAGACCAACAUCCUUUGCUUGAUGCGAAAGACCAGCAAAUUGCAGAUCUCGAAGCCAAGUUGUUUAACCAGAAAGGUCUGAAUACAGAAGAAAAGAGACAGUUGAAAGAUCGUUACGACACUGUCAUAGCUGAACAACAAAACCACUUGAACAACUUAGAGGAAGCACUUACCUCAGCCUACGCUCAAACUGAACACUUGAAAACACAGGUACAAGAGCUGGAGCGAGAACAAGAAGAUAUAAAUAAGCUAAGAGCAGACUUUAGCCACAUCGUGUCAGGUCUUAGUGAGGAUUUGCAGCGGGCUUUACAGGGCAAAGUAACGGCUGAUGAGAUCGCGUCUGAAUUCCAGCUAAAACUAAAGCAACUCGACAAGUCUUCAGUGUUGUCAGAGAGAGAUGUCAGAGAUGCUGGCGUGGUUACAAGAGAAAUGGAUCUCCAAUCGUCUGAGAAAGAUAGUGGGAAAUUACAGGAAAUCAUCGAACACCUUAAAGAGGAAAAGGAAGAGUUAGACGACAGAAUUAUGGGACUUGACGAAGUUUUGCAGGACAGAGAAGGAGAGUUGGAAGAAAAAGAGAAACAAAUUCAAGAACUGCAGCUCCAAAUUGAAAAGUUAACGACCGACCUUGCGAACGCUGCCGAGAAAUUUAACAGAGACGUUAACCAAGUUGUUGUUCGAGAAGAAGCAAUGAGGCGGGAACUACAAAAUAACCUCGACGCCAAAACCGAAGAUUUUGAAAACCUUCGAGAGCAGUUUACGGCCUUGAAGGAGGAUAAUGCAAAGGAGAAGGAACAGCUACAAGGCGAACUCACUGAAAAGCGUCAAAUCAUAGACAAACUUAACGAAGAUCUAAGUCAGUUUAGAAAUGGAGUGCAGAAUAAGUCUGACGAAGAAAAGUUAUACGAGGAGCUCCAAGCCAACUAUGAAUUACUGGAAAAUGGUAACAACAAACUUCGCCAAGACUUGUACAUGACAAUGAAAGGGAAGGAGAAUUUACGAGUGAAAUUGAAAAAGGACUAUGAUCAAAUCCUAUCGUCCUUAAAGCUGGACCUUGAGCAGAGUCGGCAGCAAAAUCUCGAAAAAGAGAGAUUUAUUCACAACCAAAGAGUAGAAGUUGAGACUCUAGUGAAAGACAAAGAAUUACUAGUUGCCAAACUCAGAGACACCUCUGGUGUGACGGAAGAAAACGUUCAGAGGUCUGGGGACGAUAUUACCGAUGGGGAUGACAUUGUGGGUGAAUUGAAGAACGAGAUAAACUGGCUCAGAAAGGAAUGUCAGGACUGUAGAAUGGAAAAAGACAAAUUGUAUACGAAGUUUCAUGAAGUGACAGAGGCUCUUAGAGGAGAACUUGAGAAGUCUCUAGGCGAGAAAGAAAACCUAACUCAAAAAACUGAAGAAACUCUUCAUCAAAAUAGAGAUCUUCAACAGUCGUUAAUUGAAAAGCAGUCGGCGCUUACCAAAGCUAAAAUCCAGUUUGAACACAUUGGAAAAGGCUGGCGAAAUGAUCUCGAUGCUGCAAGAGCGGAGAAAGAGGAGGCUUUGAGACAGCUUGGAGAACUUAGAAACCAGAAUGUGACUAUCGAUAUGCCUGUUGACGAGGAAGGAGCUUUGGAGACCAUAGAGCAACUCAGAGAUCGGUUACAAGAGAUGGAAGAGUUAUACGAAGCUAAAUGUCGCGAAGGAGAGGUUUCCCUGCAAAUCGAAGAAGUUGGAAGCCCUUCAAAGGAAUCUCUUACAAAACACCAUUACCCUUCACCAUAUGUCAGUCGCCAAUCCCGCUCUUUUACAAGCCAAUUAGGACGCUAUUUUAAACGAGGAUCUUCUCUCUCCUUGGGCAGGCCCCGUGGAUUCCGAAAGGCAGCCCUUGCUUUGUACUUAGUUUCUCUCCAUCUGUUAGCUUUUUUGUAUAUAUUUCAACUAUUAUUUUAAGAUUUAAUGAGUAUGUUGUGAGGAGUAGUAAUCAAAUUUUAAGGAUCGGAAUUCAACCUCACGUCAGACAAAUAGGUGUGUAGUAACGUUUUAGCUCACGGAUUAAAGUAGUAUCGGAAACAUGCAACUUGAUAGUUAAGACGCCAACUUUGAACUUUAGUGUAAGCAGACCUGCAAUGGGGGUAAAACUGCGAUUAGGUAGUUGCAGAUAGAUGUUCAGCUCACAAACAGACGUAGUAAAUUAUCUUUCGCGUUUUAGAUUAAUUAUUUUUAAGCUGACGCUGUUUCAUUUACUGAAGAGCUUGAAAAGCUCGCAAUACGUCAUCAUCGUCAUCAUCAUCACAAUUAUCGUCGUCAUCGUCAUUACCAUUAUCAUCAGAUUAGACAUAAUGAAGUUUUAGUCCAGGAUGAUUGGGUUGAUACAUUAGUUAAUGAAAGAAAUAAAAGAAAUCGUCGUUAUUGAUAUAAUUUUAUUUGGCUUCAUGGCCGACGUGAAAUGUCCCUGUUAAGACUGCUGGUACAAAGAUUACGUAUUCAAGUCAAAAUAACAAAUUAUCACAACUCCAAAUAAGAAGGGAAUUUGAUUUUUUAUGAGGAUAAAAUUAAUGUAAGCAUUUAAUGUCUGGAAUAAAAUAGCUCAAGUUAA